CCUCCUGCCCACGCCCACGGGCCGCUCUCAGAGGACCGAGGUCGCUGUCCUACACCUCCGCUUGCCACCAGGCUGCCGGGUUCAAAUCCUUCUUGGGGCACAAUAAAAAUAGCCUCCACUCCUCCCACCUGCAGCACGGUGCCUCCCCCACGGCUCUGUUCGCUGUGUGUUCACUGUCUUCUUCAGUGCGCACACCCACACACGAGGCUGUUAUUAUCACACCCACUUUACGGAUAGAGACACCGAGGCAUGCGGCGCCAGAGCUCGCGGCCUGUGUUGUGAGGGAUGGAGCUAGAAUUCAAGCCUUGGCAGGCUGCGCCAAAGGCCACGCGCUCUGUAUUUCAACGAUAUUCCACCACACCAGUCUUGUGAUUGAUCUGAGUCUCGGUUUCCUCAUCUACAGAAUGGAACUUAUAGUUGGACACUCGUUCCCGAGGUCUGUGGAAGGACCGAGUAAAGUGAUGAAAAGAAACGAUUAUUAAAGCCUUUCCGUGCUGGGGGCUUUAUCCAGUUAACUCAUUUAAUAGUCACAGACCUCAGCAAGUGGGUUCUAUUAUAACCUGCAUUUCAGGUGUAAGGAAAUUAAGAGCGAGAGAGCACGCCGUAACUGCUGCAUAAAUGUUAGCUAUUAUAAUCAUGCUUUUUACUGGAAAAAGUGACGUCUCUGAAGAUUAUUUGUUUGCCUCCCCCACUGGACUAAGUUUCCCAGGCCUGGAUCUGUGUGCUCAGCAUGUGCCUGGCUCAGAGGUGUAUGAUGAAUGGAUGUUGCAUUAAGCGAGCCUCAACCUGGUUAGACCCAACUGGCAGGGUUGCCAGAAGAUUUCGGAGAGGUCAAGUGUGUGGUAUGUAAUAGGUGCUCCAGAAAAGGAACUCCUGUACUUGCUCUCAAGACUGCUUUGCUCCCUGCUCCACUAGAGGCCAUCUGGAGUCUCAAGGGUCUUUCCCUUAUCCUGGAUCUGGGGGGAAGCAGAGAAUGAGAUGAAGCCCUUUGGACCAGGAGAAGCUGACCACACAGCCAAUUCCUGUGCCCUGACAUGAUGGGACCAGCAGAAGCCUUAGAAUUGAUGGAGAAGAGGUUGUACAGCAGCCGUUGCUGGUGUCCAGCUGCCAACUUUCUGUCUGGAUCUCGGGCUCCUCAUUUCUCCAGUCCCCUUACAUCGCAGCCCUCAGGAUAUGUAGCAGCCAUGCCUGUGGACACCCUGACCCCUGGAACUCGGGAUCCUCCUGCCCUACCUUUUCGCCUGCGAACUAAAGUCCCUGGUUACCUGCUAAGGCGCCCGACAGACGGUGGAGCCCGGAAACCUAGUGCUGUGGAGCGGCUGGAGGCUGACAAAGCCAAGUACGUCAAGAGCCUGCACGUGGCCAAUACACGCCAGGAACCUGUACAGCCCCUGCUGUCUAAACAGCCACUCUUCAGUCCUGGGACUCGCCGCACAGUGCUCACUCCUAGCCGCCGAGCCCUGCCUGGCCCUGGCCGCCGACCCCAGCUGGACCUGGACAUCCUUAGCAGCCUCAUCAACUUGUGUGAUAGUCCCGUGUCCCCUGCCGAGGCCAGCCAUACCCCUGGACAGGCAGAGGGAGACCACCAGGCACCCCCAGCCACCUCCCCACGCCCGCCACCUAGUACUGCUGCUGUCCGCCGAGUGGAUGUCCGCCCGCUGCCUGCCUCACCUGCCCAGCCCUGCCCAUCUCCAGGCACUCCUAUGGCCUCCAGCCCAGCCAGGACCCCGGGUUUGCAACGCUCCAAGUCGGACCUGAGUGAGCGCUUCUCAAGGGCAGCAGCUGACCUUGAGCGAUUUUUUAACUUUUGUGGCCUGGAUCCAGAGGAGGCACGGGGCUUGGGGGUGACCCACCUGGCAAGGGCCAACUCAGACAUCGUGUCCCUGGCUGGACCCAGUGCCGGGCCGGGCAGCUCUGAAGGGGGUUGCUCCCACCGCAGCUCUGCCACUAUUGAGGAGCGGGCGCGGGAGCGGGUCCCCUAUGGUGUGUCCGUGGUGGAGCGCAAUGCACGCGUCAUCAAGUGGCUGUACGGGUUGCGGCAAGCAAGGGAGACCCCAGCAGCUGAGGGCUAGAUCUCUGGAUUCGGUAUUCACCACCAGACAGAUCUCAGAGAGGCCAUUCUCGGACCCUUCCUGCACCUUUUCCCUGGCUUGGGGCAAACGCGUGCCAGCUGCCGUGUAUGAACUUGGCUUGGAAGCAAAGGCUCAGGCUGGACCAGCGUCCAUCUGGCAAAGACUGACCCUGGAAAAAGUUGCCUCUUGGUCUUGGAUGCCCCUUGCUGUCCCCCUCAUCUGUAGGGGUUUUGACAUGAAGUGUACCCCUUGCUUGGAUCCUCUUGUGGGUUUGGAUUUGGGGCACUUAUUCCUCACCACUGAGGGUGAGGGGGCCAAGGGAUCUUGCCAGGCCUAUCUACCCAGUGGCUCUGCUUCCUUCUUCCUUCCUUGGUCUCUGUCAUUGGCUGACUUCCUUUUUCUUGCUCAGUGGGUCCUGGUUACCUGGAACUGAACCCUGGGGUGGGGACAAGGAGGAGUGGCCUCUCCACCUCUCUUCCUGGUUUUUGGCAACCUGGCUGGGGAGCCGGGGCUAUAGGAGGGACUGGUUGGCAGUCUGCACUCCUUUUGGUUAAUAAACACACAUGCUUGUUUUUCAAGGACGACCAUCAGACUGUUUUGUGUUUCUA